CUCCACACUCUGUUCCUGCAUUCUGCCCCAGCUGCUCCUGCUGUACACUCUGUUCCUGCAGCGCCUGCUGUACAUUCUGCCCCAGCUGCCCCUGCUGUACACUCUGCCCCUGCUGCACCUGCUGCCCUCGGGCUGACCCAGGCAGCGCCCCUGCCGGGCGGCCCGGGCAGCCAGCCGCUGCUCCUCCAGGGCUCCGACCUGGCCGGCCUCGGAGGCCUCGGCCACCUCGGCGGCUUCGGCGGCCAGUCGCCCUUCAUCAUCGUUGUGCCGACCAACUUCGCGGGCGGCGCCUUCCAGCCCUCCGGCCAGGCUGCGGCCUCUGCCCCAGCUGCCCCUGCUUCAGCACCAGCUGCUCCUGUACAUGCUGCUCCAGCUGCUCCUGCACAUGCUGCUCCAGCUGCUCCUGCACAUGCUGCUCCAGCUGCUCCUGCACAUGUUGCUCCAGCUGCUCCUGCACAUGCUGCCCCAAGUGCUCCUGCACAUGCUGCUCCUGCCCCUGCUGCCCCUGCACCAGCUGCUCUUACUGCGCAAGCCCCUAUUGUUCCAGGUUCCGCUCCAAUUAUUCUUAUUGACCCUGCUAUGAUGGCAGGUCUAGGCUCACUGUCUGCCGGCUCCGCCCCUGCUUCAUCUGGCUCCGCCCCUGCAUCAUUUGGCUCCGCCCCUGCUUCAUCUGGCUCCGCCCCUGCAUCAUUUGGCUCCGCCCCUGCUUCAUCUGGCUCCGCCCCUGCAUCAUUUGGCUCCGCCCCUGCUUCAUCUGGCUCCGCCCCUGCUUCAUCUGGCUCCGCCUCUGCAUCACUUGGCUCCGCCCCUGCUUCAUCUGGCUCAGCCCCAGCCUCGUCUGCCUUUGCUGCAGCUCCAUCUGGCUCUGCCCCAGCUUCCUUUGGCUCCGCCCCAGCAUCCUCUGGUUCCUCUGCAGCUCCAUCAACCUCUGUCGGAGCUUCCCCUGCCACCACUCACGCUGCUCCUGCACCAGCUGCACCAGCUGCUCUUACUGCACAGGCCCCUGUCGUUCCAGGCUCCGUUCCCAUCAUUGUCGUUGAUUCCACUGGACUGCCGGGCCAGUCAAGCGCACUGUCUGCUGGCUCUGCCCCUGCAUCCUCCGCUGCCCCUGCAUCCUCCGCUUCAGCAGCCGCAUCAUCUGGUUCUUCCCCCGCUGCCUCUGGCUCACCUGCAGCCGCCUCUGCCUCUGCUGCAGCUUCAUCUGGUUCUGCAGCAGCCCCAUCUACCGCGUCUGCUGGAGCCUCUGCCGGAACCACAGCUGCGACGCUAGGGGCACCUGCGCCGAUUCCCAUUCUCCUCAACCUCCGCUCGCACGACGUCGUGGCCAACACCACCAACUUCUCCUUCAGCGUCGUGGGCGGAGAUGGCACCGUCAGGCACGAGACCGGAUCUGGGGGCGCCCUCACCCCGCUCAACGUGGCAGGCAACUACUCAUUCAUUCUCCCCAACGGCGUGCCCUUCGACCUCUCCUACACCGCCGGCGUCCAGGGAUUCCAACCCGUGUCCUCCCACAUCCCCCAGCCGGUUCCUUCACCCUUCCACCGACCGAUCGUGACUGCCCAGGGUGUGAAGGGUGAAGGAGCAUCCCCAGCUCCUUCGCAGCCAACUACCCAAGGGGCAAAUCCUGCUCCUUCACAGACCUCGCCCACGACAACGUACGGUGUUCCAGCAUAAAGUGUGACCUUCACUGGAUCUGAGAAGUUAUAUCUGAUGGUAUUAGUUAAGAGAGUUUGUUCUAUGCCAUUUUAUGUAGGCUUUAAGAAUACCGAAUUCUGGAGAAUGUAGCGUUAGUAUCUUUUACAAAUGUUCUAGUACAAUUUGUAACGACGAAAAGCGAAAAGUGUUAUGUCAGUCUUUUAUUUGCUAUCUAGUCUUCUCUUCCUCUCUGUCUUAUAUUUUUACUUACACUUAAUUUUCCUCAUUCAUUUUCAUUCCACUUUGAUAUCAAUUUGUUCUAAAUCAUUCAUACCUUUUUUUCGUGGACAUUACCAAUUUACACACGUUUCUUUCAUUUCCUAUUAUUAUACGUUUUAUUUCUUCCUUUCUCUUAUCAUUUACGCUUUAUUCCUUCUUCCUUUGUAUCAUUUGUAUUCCUUUGUGGUGUCGCCGAAUCCUAAAUCGAGAAUAUAUGGCCAGCUUAUAAAUAUAUCAUAUUGAUAUUACGAUUCCGGAAUACCAUUUUUUCAUCAGCUGUAAACUUACCUCUCUAUCGACUGUUUCAUAUCGUGUGAAUUGACCGAAAUAACCUUAGUUUGACGCCUUUUUCUUAGCUGAAGAUACAUAAGAUAUAAAAUAUAAAGAAAAGAAAAUGAAUAGUGUAUUUAUAUGGAAUGCUUGUGCUGUAACUAUUUAAGAUAAAAUAAAACAGACGAUGUUA